AAGUUGAUUGUUUAUUUUCAAUAAUCAAACUUACCAAACUUAUUUUUUGUAAAGCGUACAUUUUUCCUGUGCAGUUUCCAAGUCAUCGCGAUUUUCGCGAUAAUUGACGAUGGAGUUUGCGUCUUAUCUAAAAACAGUAUGGCAACAGUGGGUAUAAAUCCAGCGACCACGUGGCGACCACCUCCAUCAAACAGUCGUCUCCGAACCUCCGCAUCGUAAAGUGGGACAAAUUUUUCUUCAAGAAUGGCACCCUCAUACAAACUCACCUACUUCGACGGUCGUGGCCUAGGCGAGACCUCCCGGUUCCUCUUCAAGUACGGAGGAAUCGAUUUCGAAGACGUGCGCAUCAAGAAGGAAGAGUGGCCCCAGUGGAAAGAAAAGUUCGCCUUCGGCCAACUCCCGGUGCUGGAGCACGAGGGAAAGCAGGUGGGCCAAAGCAUCGCCAUUGCACGCUAUUUGGCCAAAAAAGUCAAAUUGGCCGGAAACGACGACUGGGAAAAUCUGGAAAUUGAUGCCAUUGUGGACACUAUCAACGAUCUGCGUCUGAAGCUUGUGCCCAUUUUCUACGAACAGGACGAGGCGAAGAAGAAGGCCCUCAUAGAAGUCGCGUCUAAGGAGACUUUGCCUUACUACCUGCCACGCUUGGAGGCUGUCGUCAAGAAGAAUAAUGGCCACUUUGCUUUGGGACGCCUAACAUGGGCUGACUUUUACUUUGCAACUAUAUCUCGAGUGUUCCUUCAUUCCUUCACUGGAAGCGACGCUCUUGCAGAUUAUCCCAACUUGAAGGCCUCAAGACAAAAAGUCAACGAGAUCCCAGCCAUCAAAAAAUGGAUUGAAACCCGACCAGACUGAUAUGUAAUGCACUGUAAUUUAUUGUUCCAUGAAUACUUUCUGAAUAAACUUGCUAAAUAAAUAAAUAAAAAAAUAAAUCGAA